ACGAACAAUUGCAGUCAAGAAAUGAUAGAAGCCUUGGGUGAGAUUUCAAAUCUGAGUCCAGUGGGUCCAAUGAGCAGCCACCGAGAUUCGAAAGCGAAGCGGAAAUUUGACUUUUCUAGGUACUCUGUGAUAAAAACGGCAGCUGAAGAGAGUUUGAUCUUGGAUCCAUAUCUGGCUAAGGAUCCAGAUGAUAAAGAACAAGAAAAUUCUACUCUGAAGGCAGCUGCGGAGCAAACCCCUCCUCGCAGGAUUUCCGAUGAGAAGCCCAACUACUUAAGUCCAUAUGUGAGCGUCUCGCGCGGUAAAGUCAACUCUCGCUGUGAUCGUGAGAAGCGAAACAGCAUGUAUUUGCCCGGUGAGGAGUAUCCUGUUGCCAAUCGGCGGGCCUCGAGUCGCGAGUGGGAAGCCUAUAGCAAGGAGAAUGAGGCGCAUCUGGUUGAGACGGGCGGCAUAGAUAUGAUCAAUGUGGCCAUUGGACAGACAAAUUUGCUCUCUACCAAGAAAUUGAUGCAGUUUAGCGGUCUGAUUGACCGUUGCGAGGCGGGAGCUACGGGCAAGAACCAUCGACCCUACGAUGGCAGCGAGGAGACGAAACCCGUCCAGGCAGAGGAUCUGGAAGGGUGGUGGGACAUGCUGCGACUCCAGAGUGAGAAUGUUGACAAGCGCUUUGAUAACAUGAAGCGAUGGAAACAGAACAAUUGGCAGGACCCCGAUGCAGUUGAGGAAUCGAAAAUACCAGCCAAGCCUGUGGCCAACCCAAAGUCUAAGCUGGGCAACAAUUUAAACGCUAAGCCCAAGGUCAAGGCCAGCAGUAACUUGAUGCAAUUACUCCGCAAGGCCCAUGCUGAAAUGAAAAAGGAUAAGGCGGAUGUGGUAUCAGCGGACGAUGCCCCGCAAACUCCAUCUCGCAGCAGCACUCAGCGUGUGAUCGUAGUACGCGACCGUCGGUCCUUCUCUCCUGCUCGCACCGUCCUGCGCAUGUCUGUAGGCGAGAGCCGUUCUUCCAAUGGUGGCAACACUCUGCUCAAGUCUGCUAUAUUGGCCGCAGCCGAACAAAACGCUCUUAAUCAUACCCCCCUCCCAAUAAGGGACGCCAGUCGAUUCUGA